AUAACCGCCACCGAGCCUACUCUCCUCUUCUCCAAAGUCUUCGCAAGCCACAGACCCUCAUUCCCUCCCAGAUCACAAUCAACUCUCUCUCUCUCUCUCUCUCUCUCUAGUUUAAAUUCCGAUGGUGCCUCCCCGAGUCUCAUGAAUCAUCGUCAUCGAAUAUGAGAGUGUCUUCCCCUAGUCCCGUUGAGCCCAGGCACCGCCUCUCUGCUUCAGCAAGUGAUGACGCUAAGAGAAGGUUCCUGAGGGGUAAAGUUGUUAAAGAUGAGGAGAAGUCUCUGAUUGCUCCUGCUCAAGAUAGAAAUCUUAACUGCAAGCCUACCUUGAAACUUGUCUUGGCUGUUAUAAUAGUGGGGACUUUCGCGACGCUCUUAUUCUCUCCAGUUGUUCAUAUUGUAGAACAACGGUCCAGUUCUGAAUCUCGGCUAUCUUCUGAAGACAGAUUGACAAGAGAGAGUGUUGGUGCAGAUUUACGUUAUGUAUCGUCUUUAGACAUUAAUUGGUAUGAAAUAUCGGAAGUCGUUGAGAAACUGACAGACGUGAAAGAUUAUCAGGGACUGGGUCUAUUGAACUUUAAUGACGAUGAGGUCGAUCAUUGGAGGGAGCUCUUGCCAGAUAUAGAGCAUGUUGUUCUACACCUUGACCAUGUGUCAAACAACAUAACAUGGGACUCCCUGUACCCAGAAUGGAUAGAUGAAGAAGAAGAUUUUGAGGUUCCUACUUGUCCCUCUCUACCAAAGAUUGAGAUUCCUGGAAAACCACGGGUUGAUUUAGUUGCCGUCAAGCUUCCCUGUAACAAAUCAGGCAGUUGGUCUAGAGAUGUAGCCCGUUUGCAUUUACAGCUUGAAGCAGCAAGGCUUGCUGCUUCAUCCAAAGGGUAUCACCAAGUGCAUGUGCUUCUGGUGACUGAUUGCUUUCCAAUCCCAAAUUUAUUCACCAGCAAAGAGCUUGUUGCACAUAAAGGAAAUGUGUGGCUUUAUGAUCCAAACCUGAAUAUAUUGAGAGACAAGCUUCAGCUCCCCGUAGGGUCAUGUGAACUUGCAGUUCCUUUGAAGGCAAAAGAAAAUUUUUACUCGGAAAGAGCCCACCGAGAAGCAUAUGCAACAAUCCUGCACUCUGCCAACUUAUAUGUAUGUGGAGCCAUUGCUGCAGCUCAGAGCAUUCGUAUGUCUGGUUCAACACGAGAUCUUGUCAUACUUAUUGACGAAACCAUCACCGAGUAUCAUCGAGAAGGAUUGGCAGCUGCUGGGUGGAAAAUUCACUUAAUCCAAAGAAUCCGAAAUCCUAAAGCUGAACCAGAAGCAUACAAUGAAUGGAACUACAGCAAAUUCCGUCUUUGGCAGUUGACUGAUUAUGACAAGAUCAUAUUCAUUGAUGCUGACAUGCUUAUACUGAGGAAUAUUGAUUUCCUGUUUGAGAUGCCAGAGAUAUCAGCCACAGGAAAUAAUGCUACUUUGUUCAACUCGGGUGUGAUGGUUGUUGAACCAUCAAACUUUACAUUCCAGCUGCUCAUGGAUCAUAUCAAUGAGAUUGUGUCCUACAAUGGCGGGGACCAGGGGUAUUUGAAUGAGAUAUAUACCUGGUGGCACAGGAUUCCUAAACAUAUGAACUUCUUGAAACACUUUUGGGAAGGUGAUGAGCCGGAGAAAAAGGAAAGGAAGACACACCUCUUUCAAGCCAAUCCUCCGAUCCUCUAUGUCCUCCAUUAUCUGGGUAAUAAGCCAUGGCUUUGCUUCCGUGACUAUGACUGCAACUGGAAUGUGGAUAUUUUGCAGGAGUUUGCUAGUGAUGUUGCACAUAAAAGGUGGUGGAAAGUGCAUGAUGCUAUGCCAGAAAACUUGCAGAAAUUCUGUCUUCUUCGGUCCAAGCAGAAGGCGGCACUAGAAUGGGAUCGGAGGCAAGCUGAGAAAGCAAAUUACACCGAUGGUCACUGGAAAAUUAAGAUAAAAGACAAGCGUUUGAAGACUUGCUUUGAAGAUUUCUGCUUCUGGGAGAGCAUGUUAUGGCACUGGGGGGAAAAGAAUUGGACAGAUAACGCUACUACUGUUACACCAUCACCACCUGCACUCACUACUGCAUCUAUCAAUUCUUCAUGACUUGUUUCUUCUUUCAUACUUUCAUAAUUAAAUCCAAUGAUACAAAGCCAAACACAA